GUGGUGGCUAGACGUCGCUUCAUUGAGUACCUUCAGGAAGGGAUAAAUUAUAUAGGGACAACCCUGCAUCUUUUCACACCCUCAGAGCAUCCGGCAACUAGAGAUUGAUAUGUCGAGCCCAUCAAGCUUGGUACGGUAGCGGAAGUACACCCAUCGCCCGCCCCCACAGCUGGGUUACCCUGGCCAUAUUGGUAACUCCCCGACGGAGACGUUGGUUGCACUAGAAUCGCAACGCAAAUCAUAGAUGUGUGACAUCAGGUCACGCUUUGUUUUAUUCGUGUAGCGGGCAGGUGUAGCAACACAACUCCACAAUGGUGAGAACGAGAAAAAGCGCCGGGUAGCACAGUUGGCAUGACCUGUAUAGUUCCAUGCGCUUGGGUCAAAGAGAGUGAAUUUCAGCCAUAAGGUACAAGCGGCUCGCCAAAAGCUUUCGCUGCCUCUUGUGCCCGCUCGCAACAUUCGCGCAGCUUUGUUAGCUGCAUACAGCAGGGUGUAACUUGUCGCAAGCGGAAUCGAGGCUCUCUCUCUCUCAAGUGCUUUGCAUAACAGGGACUCCUUUGUCUUCCAUGCCGCUAUGCGACCUCAACUACGGGGCUCAAAGACAUUGAGAUGCCGAUAGAGGGCUCCGAGCUCGACGCAGGUCUUUCUCACGCCUCAUCAUCAUGCUCGCUUCCUUGCCAGAACCGAACGAAGCAGACUCCAACGCGAGCAUCGAGAAUCUCACAUCGCGUGACAGAGCACACCAGCAAGCCAUCCCCCUAUUACCAGUCACCAUGCCGAACUCGCGCCGCUCACCGCAGUCGAGCAUGAGCAGCCCCCGCCAGGAACCAGCGCGGCCAAGCCGACGACCCACCGACGUGGAAAGCAACAAUGCCACCCCAGAGAGCAUCGAAUUCAGCAGAGCACCCAUCAAGAGAGGCCUUUUCGAGUUCUCGUGGCGUUGUGGAGAAGAUGACAGAAAGGUCCUACUCCGCUGGGAGGAGAAGGGCGCAGUCAAGGCCACCAAGCUUUCCACGCCAUCAUCACGAACGUCAAACUCUACGACAACGACCCGCGCCGGAGAGAGGAGCUCGCGGAGCAGGAGAAGGUGUGGAUGGAGACUCUGGCUGAGCUCGCCGACCAAGCCCUCGCGAUAAUGCACAGCCUUGACAAUCUGGC